GCCGCACGCCGCGCUGUGCCGGGCCUGGGAUUCGGAUGCUGAAGCGUGCGGGUAGGAGGGGACCGUGCACAGCGGCUGGGGUCGCUGCCUCUCGCCGUCGCCAUGCAAGUGUCCAGCCUUAACGAGGUGAAGAUUUACAGCCUGAGCUGCGGCAAGUCCCUUCCUGAGUGGCUUUCUGAUCGGAAGAAGAGAGCGCUGCAGAAGAAGGAUGUCGAUGUCCGUAGAAGAAUUGAACUUAUUCAGGAUUUUGAAAUGCCUACUGUGUGUACCACUAUCAAGGUGUCAAAAGAUGGACAGUAUAUUUUAGCAACUGGAACAUAUAAACCUCGGGUUCGCUGCUAUGACACCUAUCAGUUAUCCUUGAAGUUUGAAAGGUGUUUGGAUUCAGAAGUGGUUACCUUUGAGAUUUUGUCUGAUGACUAUUCAAAGAUUGUCUUCCUACAUAACGACAGAUACAUUGAAUUUCACUCACAGUCAGGUUUUUACUACAAAACCAGAAUACCAAAGUUCGGCAGAGAUUUCUCCUACCACUAUCCGUCCUGCGACCUGUACUUCGUGGGUGCGAGCUCUGAAGUUUACAGACUAAACCUGGAGCAGGGGCGGUACCUGAAUCCUCUGCAGACCGACGCUGCGGAGAAUAAUGUCUGUGACAUAAAUUCUGUGCACGGCUUGUUCGCCACAGGAACCAUCGAGGGCCGCGUGGAGUGCUGGGACCCCAGGACUCGGAGGAGAGUGGGCGUGUUGGACUGUGCACUGAGCAGCGUCACUGCGGACUCCGAGAUAAACAGUCUGCCAACAAUCUCUGCUUUGAAGUUUCAUGGCGCUUUGACCAUGGCAGUUGGAACAUCGACAGGGCAGGUUUUAUUGUAUGAUCUCCGCUCUGACAAGCCGCUGCUCGUUAAGGAUCACCAGUACGGGCUGCCCAUCAAGUCAGUGCACUUCCAGGACUCCCUGGAUUUGAUUUUGUCUGCCGACUCUCGGAUUAUCAAAAUGUGGAACAAGAACUCGGGGAAAAUAUUUACUUCCUUGGAGCCAGAACAUGACCUUAAUGAUGUUUGCCUUUAUCCCAAUUCAGGAAUGCUUCUAACUGCCAAUGAAACCCCGAAGAUGGGUAUCUAUUACAUCCCGGUCCUGGGCCCUGCCCCGCGGUGGUGCUCCUUCUUAGACAACCUGACCGAAGAACUGGAGGAGAACCCGGAGAGCACGGUGUACGAUGAUUACAAAUUUGUAACCAAGAAAGACCUGGAAAAUUUAGGGCUCACACAUCUCAUUGGAUCACCAUUUCUCCGGGCUUAUAUGCAUGGAUUUUUCAUGGAUAUAAGACUCUAUCACAAGGUGAAAUUGAUGGUAAAUCCAUUUGCUUAUGAAGAAUACAGAAAAGAUAGAAUUCGACAGAAGAUAGAAGAAACACGUGCACAGAGAGUCCAAUUAAAGAAAUUGCCAAAAGUUAACAAAGAACUGGCACUGAAGUUAAUUGAGGAAGAGGAGGAGAAGCAAAAGUCUACAUGGAAAAAGAAAGUUAAGAGCCUUCCUAAUAUUCUCACCGACGAUCGAUUUAAAGUUAUGUUUGAGAACCCUGACUUCCAAGUAGAUGAAGAGAGUGAAGAAUUCAGGCUUCUGAAUCCACUUGUUUCAAAAAUUAGUGAAAAGAGGAAGAAGAAACUAAGACUUUUAGAGCAACAAGAACUUCGAGAAAAAGAAGAGGAGGAAGAACUGGAAGGAAAACCAAGUGAUGCGGAAAGUUCGGAGAGUUCAGACGAUGAAAAGGACUGGGUGGACGAGGUCAGGAAGCAGCGCAGACUCCUGCGGCAGGAGGAAAAGGCGCAGCGGCAGGAGCGGCUCAGGGAGGACCAGCAGACGGUCCUGAAGCCCCAGUUCUACGAGAUCAAAGCAGGAGAAGAGUUCCGAAGCUUCAAAGAUUCUGCCACAAAGCAGAGGCUGAUGAACAAAACUCUUGAAGAUCGUUUGAAACUUGAAGCGAAAAAUGGGACAUUGAGUGUAUCAGAUACCACCGUUGGCAGCAAGCAACUGACAUUCACGUUAAAGAGGUCCGAACAGCAGAAGAAGCAGCAGGAGGCCGAGAAGCUGCAUCGGCAGGAGAGGAAAAGGCUGCGGCGUUCGGCUGGUCACCUGAGGUCCCGGCACCGAAGAGGCCGGCCAUUCCACUGAGCUCGGGGGCAAUCGCGUCCGGGCGGGGGCCAGCACAUCUCCCCAGGCUGCUCGCCAUCAGGGCCUUGGCCCGGGGAACACACACCACGGUUCCGUGUGAAUGAUCGUAUGUGGAGGCGAGAGUUCUAACGUGUCCUGUGCCGCUGGGAUCGGACUCACACCCCGCUCGGUGCCGGGGCGCCCUCCCUGGUGUGGCUCCUGUAAACCAGCCCUUUCCUGGUGUGAUGAGCAGGCCAGGUCACGGGUGGGCACCAUGAGCUGGGAGGUUCACCCUGUCCUGUGUGCAGUGUCCCGAUUAAACCACCCAGAUGGUCUUGUGUCGGCCA